CGGAACAAUUCGCGUAGCCUCAAAAAGAGUUGCAAUUUAAUAAAAUAAAAAUUCCUAAUAAUAAUAACAAAACCAUUCGUGAUAGUUAUGCUCACGACGACGACGGCGAUGGUCUCGCUGGCGUGUAAAAGUUGUUCGCGGGAGCAAUGUUAGCGGCAAAGAUAUUUCUCGACGCCUGAGAUUAAACGCCAUCACCUGACACUACUGGCUGACGAGACAGACGCUUCGGUGGUCGUGUGGAUGUCGUGUAAAAUGGGGCUUACGGAGAGGCUGUCGCUGCCUGCACUGCUCAUCUGCUUACCUUUCCUACUCUUCAUCUUGGGACUCACGGAUGCUGACAGCCCGCCUCACUUCACACGGACCCCGGUGGAUCAAAGUGGAGUGUCUAGCGGGGUGGCGGCGUUUGUGUGCAAGACGGCAGGUGAUCCACGGCCUCGCAUCACCUGGAUGAAGAAGGGCAAGAGGGUGAGCUCACAGAGGUUUGAGGUGACGGAGUUUGAGGAUGGUUCAGGCUCCGUGCUCCGGAUUCAGCCACUGAGAACCCCUCGCGACGAGGGGGAGUACGAGUGUACAGCCUCCAACGGGGUCGGAGUGGCAACAGCCUCUGCCACACUCACCGUCUACAGAGAGGACCAACUACCGAUGGGCUUUCCUGUAAUUGACAAUGGCCCUGUGCUGCGUGUGGUGGAGCGUACCCGCCUGGCCACCAUGCUGUGUGUUGUGAGCGGCACACCAGACCCGGAGAUCACCUGGUACAAGGAUUUGCUGCCCGUCGACACUGGCUAUAACCAAGGCCGCAUCAAGCAGCUUCGCUCAGAGUCUUUUGGCAGUACUCCAAUACGAGGGGCCCUUCAAAUUGAGAACAGCCAGGAUUCGGACCAAGGCAAAUACGAGUGUGUGGCUACAAACAGUGUGGGUACACGCUUCUCUGCGCCAGCCAAGCUCUUCGUUAAAGGACUCCGAAAAGUGCGAACCAUCCCCCCUCGCUUCACCAUCGUCCCAACCAACCAAGAGGUGGUGCCUGGCGGUAGCAUCAACAUCACCUGUGUGGCCAUGGGCUCCCCCAUGCCCUUCGUCAAGUGGAUGCUUGGCACGCAGGCUCUGACCCCAGCCGACGAGAUGCCUAUCGGACUGAACAUGCUGCAGCUCACGGACGUGAGGAGCAGCAACAACUACACGUGUGUGGCUAUGUCCUCGCUGGGAGUCAUCGAGGCCGUGGUGCAGGUGGCCGUGAAGGCCUUACCACGGCCUCCCGGGACUCCCCUCGUCACGGAGACCACGGCCACGAGUAUCACCCUCACGUGGGACUCGGGCAAUGUUGAGCCCGUGCUGCACUACGUGCUGCUGCUGAAGGCUCGGUCCGGCCACAGCAACAACCACAACAACAACAACGACAAUGCCAACAACAACAACAGCAAUGAGGAGAAGGAGGAUGAGGAGGAAUUUGGCAACAGCAGCGGAGGAGGAGGAGGUGGCGGCGCUCCCUCCAUGCAGGAGAUUGGACCGGUGACCACUACGCGAUACACGGUUGGCGGACUGAGCCCUUACUCGGACUACGAGGUGCGCGUGGUGGCCGUGAACGGCGUAGGGCGCAGCGCACUGAGUGGGGCGGCCCGCGCCCGCACCGGCGAGCGGGCGCCGUCCACGGCGCCGUGGGGCCUGCACGGCCGCAUGGUGUCGCCGUCUAACGCGCUGCUCCAGUGGCAGGAGCCGGCCGAGCCCAACGGGCAGAUCCGGGGAUACCGCGUCUACUCCGCCAAGCUCACGGCGGCAGGCACACGGGGCCCCGUGGUGACACCACCGCUGUCGUCGUGGAUGAAGCGGAGUGUGGAGAACGUGCCGCUGGCCACGUUGUCGGGGCUGGAGGAGGGGGCGCUGUACGCCGUGCGGGUCCUCGCUUUCACCAACGUUGGGGACGGGCCUCUCUCCCCAGAGAUACACAUCAUCGCACAGUUCGGAGUGCCGAGUCAACCAAUCAGCUUCAAGGCAGAGGCCGAGUCGGACACAAGCAUGUUACUCUCAUGGCUGCCACCGCGUCAGGAGAACAUCCUGAAGUAUGAGCUUCUGUACAGAGAGGGAGACACAGGGCCAGAGCGCCGGCUCUCCCUUGACCCCACCAUGAACCAUGUCCUGGAGGGCCUGAGGGAGAACACCCUCUACUCAUUCCGUCUCGCUGGACGCUCCUUGCACGGCCUGGGCCCCUACAGCCCCACUGUUACUGCACGCACACUUCCCACACUUGCGAGCGGAACUCCUCGGCGGGUGGAGGCCGAGGCUGUGAACGCGUCGGCUGUAAUGGUGCGGUGGAGAUUGCCACCAUCAACAUCAUUAUCGACAUCGUCAUCGUCGUCAUCAUCCCCUCCUCCACUUCCACACCCCUUGUUCCGCGUGCGAUGGUGGAAGUCGGAUUCGGCACAAGGAAGACAGGAGACCCAGUCACCGGACAUCAUAGGGCAGUGGGAGAGUGAUGACACAUCAGAAUACGAGUUUCUCAUUGGGGGCUUGCAGCCUGAGACCUCCUACUCCCUGACUGUGAGGUCCCUUCUCCCGCGAGGGGAGGUUGCUGAGAGCCUGCCGAAGACGGUCAAAACCAAGGCUGCAGUUCCCAGCAAACCUCACGUCAAGGUGACAGUCAUGGAGGGCACAGUGGUGCUGGUUGAGUGGGAGGAGCCAGAAGUGACAUUUGGGCCUCUCCUGGACUACAGACUCACUUACAAACGCAUGGAUGCAGCCACUCAAGCGUCCACCCUGUACCUCGCGGUGUCCGAGUCUAGUGUCACUCUGCGCAACCUGCAUCGCGGGGCCUCCUACUCGUUUGUCAUGGUGGCACGGAGUGUGGGCGGGGUGAGCGGAGGCAGUCUCUUGGGCGAGGAGGCGGUGAUUACCGUGGUGACGCCCGAGGCUCCGCCGUCAGCUCCGCCGUUGAACGUGAGUGUGGGGCGCAUGGGCCGCUCGGCGGCCGCGCUCCAUUGGGAGCCUCCACCCCUGGACUCUCGCAAUGGAGUGAUCGUAAGGUAUACGGUGCUUUACCGAGCCCUGCCCAGUGGAGGAGUAGGACACCGCGAGGGUACCGGAGCAGAGAGAGCAGAAGGAAGUAUUGCUGGAGAUGGAAGAGGAGAAGGAGAUUACGAAGGAGGUGGACUUUCUCAACGUGGUGGAAGAGGUGCUAGAGGUACAAUUUCUGAAGGUGGAAGAGGUCCUGCAAGUGGAGGUGAACGAGGAGGUCAUGAAGGUGGAGGAAGAGGUUCUGCAGGAGUAGGUAGAGGAGUUCCUGGGGGUCCAGGCAGUGGCGGCCCUGGUGUUGGAGGACCUGGUGGGGAUUCUGAAGAAGGAGGAGAUGUUGUGGCCGAGUCCUGGGAUGGGGAGCUUCAUGUCGUCGGUGAUACCACAGCCGUGGUGCUGAGCGGCCUCCAGCCAAACCGGAGCUACGAGGCGCGAGUGAGGGCACACACCCAGGCUGGGCCCGGACCCCUCAGCGAUGCCGUGCACUUUCGGACACUCUCCAAUGAAGGUGCAGGCGGAUUUGCCAUGAAUUUCCGCAUUAAAGCCAUGAUGCCGACAUCAGUUCUGCUGUCCUGGGAGGUCCCUGAUUCUCCAAGGUCAAACGAACGACUGCAGAUCGUGUACAGGGGUGGCCACAACAUGGAAGUGGAUGCAAUGAAGAGCCACCAGCUCGUAGUCGGGCUGGAGGCUGAUUCACUCUACUCAUUCAUGCUCAACGCAGGUCCCAAUGGGGGCCUCCUGCAGGUGGUGAGUGUUCGCACGGUGCCCCAAGUACAUUGGUCUGAGCCUGGGGAGCUAAUUGGAGAAACGGGAGGAGACGCGGAUGGGGAUAUGAGGGAACACGGACUCGAGCCCACCCUUGUGCCCCUGCCACAGCUGCUGGGAGACCUCAGGGUCCGCAUGUACCUCAUUGUGGUGGUGCCUCUUUACAACCUGGAAGAGCAGCCCAUUGCCUGGGUUUCCCCAAACAACAUGGACUUUGAAGAGAUCCUGGACAUGGAGGCCACCAGCCUGCACCUCACGCGGCAGCAGCGGAUGUCUCUGCGCGCCAGCGAGCACCUGUUCGUGGCGGCGCACAUGGAACGCCUCGAGCGGCCAUUUGUGGUGGCGCGGUUGGAGCAUCUCCCGCCCACGUUCCCGAUUGGAGACGGGCACAGUCGGCGCCUGCAGCCAGGGCUCGCUUACCGAGUGUGCGUGCUGGCCCUGCUGCACGCACCUGCACAGCAGGCGAGCGUGUAUGUGAGCAGCCCGUGCUCCCCACCUGUUCUUCUGGAGGCACAGCCUGUGAUUGGCGAGGACGAGGGACUUGUAUGGGUGGUGGGACCCGUGCUAGCGACCAUCAUCAUAAUUGUCAUCGUUAUCGCCAUCCUUCUCUACAAGAGCAAGCCAGACAGGUCUAAGCGGGAGGCUGAGGUUAAGGGCUGCCUCCCGGCACCCAGCAAAGACACAGGGCACAGCGGCAGUGCCGACCCAGUUCAAAUGCGUCGGCUUAACCACCAGACCCCCGGCAUGGAGAUGCAUCCGCCUAUCCCAGUGUCAGAAUUUGCGGGUCACGUGGAGCGACUGAAGGCCAAUGACAACAUGCUCUUCUCACAGGAGUAUGAGUCUAUAGACCCAGGUCAGCAGUUUACGUGGGACCACUCCAACUUGGAGAUCAACAAACACAAGAACCGAUACGCGAACGUGGUCGCCUACGACCACUCGCGCGUCAUUUUGCACACCAUCGACGGUGUCCCAGGCAGUGACUACAUCAACGCCAAUUACAUUGACGGCUACCGGAGGCACAACGCGUACAUAGCAUCACAGGGCCCGCUCGCGGACACGGUCGCCGACUUCUGGAGGAUGGUGUGGGAGCAGCGGAGUUCCACCAUCGUCAUGAUGACAAAGCUGGAGGAGCGUUCACGGGUGAAGUGUGAUCAGUACUGGCCCAACCGGGGCUCCGAGUCAUAUGGGCUCGUGCAAGUCACGCUCACGGACACAGUGGAGCUGGCAACAUACAGCACACGCUCCUUCACUCUCACGCGGUCUGGCUGUACGGAGCGCCGGGACGUGCGGCAAUUUCAGUUCACGGCGUGGCCGGACCACGGCGUUCCCGAGUUCCCGACCCCCGUGCUCGCUUUCCUGCGCCGCGUGCGCGCCGCGUGGGGGAGCUCCGCUGACGGGGGCCCCCUCAUCGUGCACUGCAGUGCGGGUGUGGGUCGCACGGGCUGCCUCAUCGUCAUCGACGCUGCGCUCGAGAGGGUGAAGCACGAACACACGGUCGAUGUGUAUGGACAGGUGACUUGCAUGCGAGCCCAGCGCAACUACAUGGUGCAGACGGAGGAGCAGUACGCGUUUGUGCACACGGCGCUGGUGGAGGCGGUGUCGAGUGGCUGCACGGAGACGCCCGCCCGCUCCCUGCACGCUCACCUUCAGCGGCUGAGCCAGAGCGUGUCGCACACGGAGCCACGCACCACGGGGCUCCACCUCGAGUUCCAGCGCCUGCAGAUGUCCAAGCUGCGGGUGAGCACAGCGCCGUCGGGGGCGCUGCCGUGCAACAAGCUCAAGAAUCGCCUGCUCACAGUGAUUCCGCCUGACAGCAGCCGGGUGGCGCUGCAGGCAAUCCGGGGCACCCAGGGAUCCGACUACAUCAACGCCAGCUACAUCGAUGGAUACCGGCAGCAGAGGGCCUACAUCGCAACACAAGGGCCCCUUCCAGAGACCACAGAGGACUUGUGGAGAAUGCUUUGGGAGCAAAAUUCAACCAUCGUUGUGAUGCUGACCAAGCUGAGAGAGAUGGGGCGGGAGAAAUGUCACCAGUACUGGCCAGCCGAACGCUCUGCUCGUUAUCAGUAUUUUGUGGUUGAUCCCAUGGCCGAGUACAAGAUGCCUCAAUACGUAUUGAGAGAGUUUAAGGUCACAGAUGCGAGGGACGGGCAGUCUCGCACCGUCCGUCAGUUCCAGUUCACGGAUUGGCCGGAGCAGGGUGUGCCCCGGUCUGGGGAGGGGUUCAUCGACUUCAUAGGGCAGGUGCACAAGACCAAGGAGCAGUUUGGACAGGAGGGGCCAAUAACGGUGCACUGCAGUGCUGGUGUGGGCCGCACAGGCGUCUUCGUCGCCCUGAGCGUCGUGUUGGAGCGCAUGCGCUACGAAGGGCUCCUCGACCUCUUCCAGACAGUGAAGAUGAUGAGGACACAGAGGCCGGGCAUGGUGCAGACCGAGGAUCAGUACCAAUUCUGUUACCGUGCUGCCCUUGAAUAUCUGGGAAGUUUUGAUCACUACACCGUGUAGACAGUCACACACAGCACACAAACAGCAUGACGCAAUUAUACAUACGCUCAAACAAUUACACACACACAAGUCAAACAUGUAGACACACGCACAUGUUCUGCAUACACACGCACGCAAUACACAAGUACAGAGAAAUACACUUGCAUAACAAUUCUAAUCGCUGACAUUCAUCAUUUAGUGGCAAUGAUGUCACCAUGGCACUUGUGUCAGUCGAAUUGUACUUUGAGGCCACGUGAAGUGACCAGUUCUCGAGCAGAUCACCACACAGACCCAGAUGAUAUGGGUUAACUGGCUAGGGUGGAUGGCAGAUGCACCAUCUGUACUCCUCGCAAAGUCAGCUUGAAUUGUUGCUGGAGGUUAGCUGCUCACACUGCCCAGUAGCAUCUUUUCCAAACUCCCUCCAAGUCUACUCAGCUCCCAGAAUGAACUGUGGGCAGGCCAGACUAAAUAUUUUAAGCCAGCGCAGGUGUUUCUGCAAAGAGGAGACGGGACAUCGUUGUGGCCGAGACAUCCCGAAGCCUUGUGUGGAGCAACAUGCCCAGAGAGCUUACACACAUUGUCACAAGUGUUUGAUGACACAAAGCGCCCGAGUGGGAGUAUUGUUUCGGUGACACUGAUGGUGAGGCCACACCCGUUAUAUCCAUCGCCAGGUUUAGUUUUAAGGUCUUUACUUCUUUAUAUUCUCAAAAUGGACAGCAAUAAUGAGGUCAUCAGCUUACAUAACACAGUUAACCAGAAGGCAACACUUGUCUUGAUAACACCAAGGCAUCCAUCAGUCUCCCACGGUAUCUGCACCAGAUGAAAAUCGCACUGGUACUAAAUUGGAAGGCAUUCAAACUACACUAUGAAAAAGGUGUAAAAUAGUGUGGGGGCCAGAGGAGAGCUCCGUUGCAACCUGGUGCACAGGAAAUAACUCUGGCUCUUGGCCAUGUAGCUUCGUCUGGGCCUGCCCAAAAUCACGAGGUCUGUAAUGAUUGUGAGCAGGUGGUCAGGGGACCCGGAAAUCACUCAAGCAAAAAUAAAUAGACUCAUAUACGCACGCAUAUAAAUCUACACGUACACAUGCUCACACACAAUAAGCUCCAAAAACACCCACCCACUCAACGACUGCCACACUUAAACUCAGGUAACUAACCCACACUCAACCUCUCACACUUCAUCAACCAUGCCUUCACUCGUUCACCUACCCAGUUACCAACUGCCUUUCCUAUUUACCCACUUACACAAUCAGCCAGCCAGUUGUGCACUCAAAUAACCGCGCAAACUUCAGAGCAAUGAUUUAAUUGCUCCACUGCAGACUGUGCGCACUCCGCUUCCAGACACCAUCGUAGACUGUACGCUUAGGGGCCAUCCAUUUAGUACCUACCCAUGGAGGGGGGGGGGUAACCCAAAUGCGUACGCUUGCGUAUGGGGGCUCUACUGACAAUGUGCGUACGCAUAGGAGACGGGGGGAUUGGGGGAUGAAGCCUCGAUAAUAUAAUUUGUCUACAUUGGCCUUCAAACUGACUUACAUCGUCCGGCGGUGGACUAUCUGUUUGCUUAAACACGUUAAUAUUAUUCAUCCAUGAUCGUGUAUGCGUGGAUUAAAUAUCGGCCGUUCUAUAGGAUUCAGGGGGGGGGGGUUAAAAAGUACGCGUGCGUACAGGGAGGGGAGAGGGGUCAAGUUUUGACAGAUUUUUGCUUACUAAAUGGAUGGCCCCUUAUGAGACCAGCCUUGAUGGGAGGUUAGUGUCGGGUGAUCAAGAUGGGGUACAAAUGGGUGGGAAAGACUGUUAAAUCCAUCACACCUCUCCCUCCCACUCGAAAAAUCCUCCGUACCAUCAAACAACACCUUGCCCCCACUUACCCAGAUAAGCCAUGUGAAUACGAAUGCCUUCCUACCUUGUGACUUCAAUCAGCCAAUGGGAUACAAGUGCUGUGUUAAUGUGAUAUCUAUUUUUUGUUUCAACUUUGGCGCCUUUAAGUGGAUUCGUAGGCUUUCCAUACUCAUCCACUUACCCCCACACGCAAAUGCGUUCACUCACCCGCUCGCUGGCUCGCACGAUCACCCAUUCUCUCACCCGUCUGCCACCUGAAUAGAGAGAAAGAUCCCCCGUACAGCAUUUAACAGACUUCUGGGAAAAGCGCUUUGGGGUCGCCAACACGACGCCCGACCGCCUUUGUAUCCAAAGUGGCGAUGUUUACACAUCACACCAAGUACUCAUUUGAGGCUGAGUCAACCAAGGGGAGAGACCGGGAUCGGUUCAGAUAACGGUUAUAAUCGUUACUGGUGUUGAGACCAUGAGUGGGAAUCGAACUGGGGUGGGCAGCUUCGUAGCGCAGUGCCCUAACGACUACACUCACGCUCCCACUAACUCCCCUUCCGCCACCUUGAACACUCACCGCAGCCAAUCUCACUCAUUGCUCAGUUUAUCUCUCCUUUGUGCCAAUGUCUGUAUGUUACAUUACUUAUUGAUCUUAACAUAGUGGUACUAUGAUUGCUAUUGAUACGUUUAUAUACAUUGAUAUAUUGAUGCGCUCUAUGCUAAGAGUGUACGGUAAUGACGUCACCUUACACCCCUAAUCAUCGGGGAACGAUUCAUUCCCAGUCAGGCUUACCGUGUGAGCCAUCGACAGUGUUUGGGAGUAAUGUGUUACUGUAUUCAGAUGACCAAAUGCAAGUAUCAGUAAUCCUCUUAUUAAUUAAUACUCGACUUCAGGUUGUGGUCAGAUUACCGUGAUUUGAUGUGUACUGGAUGAUUACUCUUCAUUUUUAUUUUAUUCCUUCCAAACAUCUAAAUGGGGGAAAUUAUUGUUAGCACUUGGGUUCAUGCAAGGACAUUAGUGAACAUGCAUAGAGUUGAUGCUGCAGAGCCUACGACGGUCAUAGCGUAGAGAUUAUAUUUCUGAGCUUAAAUUGGCUUUUUGAUAAGUCGCUGUUUCAAUGCUCAAACGGACACGAUAGGGCAGUUGCUGAUCUUUGUGGCCAUAUGAGCCAGUUGUAGACAAUAGACAUCACUGCGGCCCAGUUUAACAGCAUAUGGCGAUUGUCGACUUCUGACUAAAUAAUUACAGUACUCGUUUUGUAAACCCCAGAGACCUACAGGCGGAGACCGACCCCAACUGAUGCUUAAACUCGCAACCUUCAGACUGUGACUCUAGCGGUCUAAUGACAGUGAUACCACGCCCAGUCAGAUCCAAUACCAUAGGCAUUUGAAUGAAGGAAUCGUGAAAGUAAUUAACUGGAAUACUCCUGUCGGGAUUCCGGCUUUGUUAUGGAACAAUGGCAUUUCUAGUUGCUGGCGUAUGGACAAAAUCGGAUACAUUCGCUGCUCAUGGUCACUACACGCAUGGACACACUCUGAAUGUUUCAACUAUGAAUCACAGAUAUAUCAAAUUACGGUGCUUGAAAACUACUUUAGACUUGGGGGUUACACUUUUGUGACUUUGAAAACCUCCAGUUGCAAGUAAUUGUGGCUGAUAACGUUUUAAAGGUACCCUUACCCAACAUUGACCAUGGACUAUAUUACAUUGUACGCGGUUGGGGAGAUGGGGUAAUUGAAGUGGGUUCAAGAGACGGAACAGCCAUUACCACCGACGCGCACCAAACUGCACCUAUCGACCCAGAGACAACACUAAACACACCACAACUUGUCAAGCCCUGUGGACAUAGAUCAACACAGCCGUCAUUGUUACUUUUUGGACAUAUGUAAUUUUUUUCGUGCUGCCGAAAUCGCAAAUCGUGUCGGGAAUGCAACGAGCCAUGUUUGCGAGCGCCUAUUAAUGUCGCGUGAAAACUUCACGCUGGCCUGUAAUUAUAUCAUGAUGCAUAAACCAGAUUUAUAUGAAAAGCUGUGUAUAUAUACAAGAAAUAUGCAUACAUCAGAGUAACGUGUUGUGUACAUUUUGUAUGAAAUAAAGAGAAAUCGUGGCCUGC